AUGGCGCUCGGCGGGGACGGUCGCGGCGGCGCGGCCCGGGCCGCCUGGCCGCGGCUGCUGCUGGCGGCGGCGGCGGCGGCGCUGGCGCUGGCGGGGCCGGCGCUGCCCGAGGUGCUGUUCCGCUGCCCGCCCUGCACGGCGGAGCGCCUGGCCGCCUGCCCCCCUGCCGCCCGCCCGCCCUGCCCCGAGCUGGUGCGGGAGCCGGGCUGCGGCUGCUGCCCGGUGUGCGCCCGCCUGGAGGCCGAGGCGUGCGGCGUCUACACGCCGCGCUGCGCCGCCGGCUUGCGCUGCUACCCCGACCCCGGCGCCGAGCUGCCCCUCCAAGCCCUGGUGCAAGGGCAGGGCACCUGCGCCCGCCGCCGUGACACGGCCGAGUACGGCGCCAGCGCCGAGCGCCCCGCAGAUAAUGUCGAUGACCGGUCCGAGAGCAUCCUUGCUGAGAACCACGUGGAUGGCACCACAGGGAUGCUGAGUGGAACUGGUGGGAGGAAGCCCAUGAAGACAGGCAUGAAGGAGCUGGCUGUUAUGAGGGAGAAGGUGAACGAGCAGCAGCGGCAGAUGGGCAAAGUUGGGAAGCCCCAUCACAACCACGAGGACUCAAAGAAGUCACGGCUGUCGACAGGCAGGACGCCUUGUCAGCAGGAGCUGGAUCAGGUCCUGGAACGCAUCUCUACUAUGCGGCUGCCGGAUGAGCGAGGUCCCCUGGAGCACCUCUACUCCCUCCACAUCCCCAACUGCGACAAGCAUGGCUUGUACAAUCUCAAACAGUGCAAGAUGUCGGUGAACGGGCAGCGUGGCGAGUGCUGGUGUGUGGACCCUAUCCAUGGCAAGGUCAUCCAGGGUGCACCCACCAUCCGUGGGGACCCCGAGUGCCACCUCUUCUACACAGCCCACGAGCAGGAGGACCGGGGAGCACAUGCCCUGCGGAGCCAGUAGACGGACGUGAUCCUGCUUGCUGGAGGUGGCCAUGGCCCCCAUGCUGGAUUUUACAUGGGUUUCAGCAUGUCUCUUUAGGCUCUGGAAGAGACUGGGGUUGGGUCCUGUGUGCUGCCCUCCUUCCCCUGCUGCCUGGCUCCAAGAGAGGGGAGGGAUAAUGGGAGGGGAAGGGCGGUGGGGGGGUUUGCAAGGAGAAGGGACUGCUUUCCUAUAGUCUUUCACCCAAUGUAAGCCAGAGAACCGGUCUAUUUUGCUCCUCACUCUGCGGCCCUGUCUUCCCUGCUGCUUUGUGGCAUCUUCCUGCACCCUCCAGAAUGGAGCGCCAUGUGCUUCUUGACACCUUUCAGGGGCAAAAACACUUGCCACGUGCAAGAGGGGAACUAAAAACAAAGGAAAUGAAACCUCCCCCCCCCCCCUUCCCUCUCUUUCCCUCCCUUCCCCAAGACCAAAGACUGUAAAUACUGUGUCGCCUGCCUCUUGUGCCCUGCUGGUCCCUUGCGCCCCAGCCCGGCCAUCGGUCCUGGCAUGGGAUGCAGUGUGGGAGGGAGGGAAGGAGGAAAGCCUCCUGCUUCUCAGCUGCAACAUGCCAGUGUGGUCAGGAGGUAUCCCCAAAGGAGUCAUAAGCAAGGGAAAGGGCUAAAGGAUUAGGUAUCUUCCCCCCACAAAACACCUCUUGGUGCUUCCCUUCCUGGCACUGGGGCACAGCCAGCCCUGCAGGAACCUGACUCCAGCCACUGGUCUGGGAGGAUGGAGCCUCUGGGUGACAGCAAAGCCUAAAUGCUUGGUUUUCCAGGGGGUAUGAAGGGCUAUUGCCCAGUAUUUCUUAGGAUCAGCUUAUACUGAGGGAGCUAAAGUGAAGUUGCUGGGGCUGGGUGGAAAGAUACCUGUGUAGAUUUAGGGUAACAAGCCAGGGAGUGUCUCUCUUGCUCAUUCUUUCUUUUUUUCUAGAUAGAAAAAAGCCCAUCUAAAACCUGCACUCCCAAGCAGCUGCCCUAGUCCCUCCAUUUUUGCUUGGGACUGGAGUGAGCAUCUGCUAUUCAGCACAUACUUUUUUUUUUUUUUUUUUUAAAGUAAAUUACAGUCUGUAUCUUGCUUUGUAAAGGUCUUGACAUGCAUGCACCCCUCUGCCCCCACACAUAUUUGUAUAGAUUAAAGCCAAGCAAUUCCAGGCGCUCCAAGAGGUUUUGUGCUGGACAUGCCGCUCUGAGGAGAGAGGUUUCUCUGCUGUUAUUUCACCUGUUGAUUUCUUUCUGUACAGAAUGCACCAACGCUGAGAAUAAAUAACUUCCCUGUCGCCUAAGCAAGGAGAUUUUAUUAUUUUAUUAUUUUAUUAUUUUUUCUUUUUCUUUUUUUUUUUAAAUCCCUUUUUCUCUUUUAAAGUAGGUACCAUUUUGCAGGGCAAUUGCAAAAAUGCUCUCCUUACAGGAAAAGUCUUGUGCUUUCCCUAAAUUAAAUCAAGGGAGGGUGGGAAUUAAAGCAUCUUCUAAUUUCUAGCAAAUGGUUCUGAGUAGCACGCAGCCUCCAGAUCCCACGGGGUUAGGUUGAGUAGUGUGGAGGAAGGGGGCUCUCUGGCAACAGCCAGGUCUGGCUGGGAGCAUGUUGUGCUUGCAUCACAUGAGCCAGGCAGCAAAGCUGCCUCAUCAUGGCCUUCAGGAAUGGGAUCAGCUGCUGGUAACUGCUGGCAAAGCCCAGAAACACCAAAUGGUGCUAGAGAACAGGGUCCCUGCUACUGAUACCCACUCCCAUCCAGGCACUUUGUUCUGAAUAAAGAAAAGCAAAAAAGCCCAAUGGAUUCUGGAGGAAGAGGAAUGCUGGGAUUCAUUGUUUUUUUUCCCCCUUCUUGGCCCUACAUUUCAGAUUCCAAGUGUGAAGGGUGCAGGUGGUCUCUGCAAGUUGAGCUCCUCAGGACUUUGCAGGGGUAUGGAUGUGACAGUGGAGGAAAGUCGGGUGGAGGUGUGUGCAGGGCAAUGUGUAUGAGAGGGAGCAAGAGUGCAUGAGAGGGCAAGAAAAAAUAUCUGCAUGCAAAGACAAGUAAUUAUAAAAAUGAUGCUACCUGUUUUCUGUUAACAUCCAAGGAUGUUCUGCUUUUUCAUGUAAACUUUGCACACACUGGCUGUCAUCUGGGGUUUGUAUUUUUUGGUUUGUUUAGGGAUCAGGAAAUUUUCUUUUGUGUUUUUCUUUUUCUCUUUUGGAAAAGCUGAGCUGCAUAAAGUUGGAAUAAAUUAAAUGGGAUGCCAGAAAA